AUGUCUCAGCUGAUCGGUUUCGUUCGGCAGCGCGUCGAGUACGUGGCGCUCAUGGCAAAGUGCGGCUCGACGGGCGACAAGCUCCAGCAGUUGAAGACCGACGCUUGCACUGGCAUCCUACAGGCCAUUCGCACCGUCAAGGGCGUGAAGCCAGAGGACGCCAUGCAGAUACACCAGAUCAUCAGUGAGUGCCUCCCGUCGAGCAGCGUGGAGCCCAUCAUGACCAGCCUCGACGGAAAGGUGCACUUGGCAGGCACCACUCUGACUGGUGUGGUCAUCCAGGAGAAGCAGGCCCACACUCACCUCGACCUCUACUUGACCGAGGAGGCCUGGACAAAGUUCCUCGACUCGAGCAUUGACCCUCAGACUAAGCUGAUGUCCAUGGCGAUGCUCUUCGUGCUGAUCGGCCUUCGGAACCCCGACGAGAAAACGUUCGCUCGUGGCACAGCGCUGGCCCUACAGACGGAACCAUACAGCGUCGGUCGUCUCGUCGAGGAGACCCGCAGGUUGAAGCCGCUCGUGAAGUCCACGGCUGGGAGCUCCCCGCACAUGCUUGUGGGGCCAACUGUGUAUCCUGAUGACGUGGAGGCGUUCAAGCAGAUGUUCCCAGACGUGUGGAAGCAGGCCUUCGAGGCCUCUCCGCCAGCUCCUACGCGGUGGAGCCCGCAGCACAGGGCCAUGGUGGAGCAGAUGAAGGUCUGCAGGAGCUCGAAGAACGGGUGCGAGCAGAUAGUGCAGCCCGCGAGGGCGACCAGGAGCUUCAUGCGGCAGUGCACGAGCAGCCCGUCCACCAUGUGUGCACCGAGGUCCCUCCUACCUGGCGCAGUGGCGAGCCCGUCGGCCAUGGCGGUGCUCAUCAAGUUCCAGGCGAUGCUCUUGUUCCAGUCGGUGCUCAGACAGCUCCAGUCGGUGCCGCUCCAGUUCCACAGGCUGCUGCAGUUCCAGUCGGUGCUCAUCCAGUUCCAGGCGGUGCUCAUCAAGUUCCAGUCGGUGCUCACCCAGCUGCAGUUCCAGUCGGUGCUCAUCAAGUUCCAGUCGGUGCUCAAGUUCCAGUCGGUGCUCCAGUCGGUGCCGCAAUUCCAGUCGGUGCUCCAGUCGGUGCUCAUGUUCCAGUCG